AUGUAGCAAACUGAAUUCGAAACCAAGUUCAAUGAGGAAAUUCAAUUCAGAAAUGAAAGAUAUCAAGAACUUAAGGAGGAAAAGACUUAAUAAGAAAAACAGCAUUUUAAUUUAUUUAGAAACAUUGAAAACAAUCAAUUCAAGGCAGUUUAAGAAUUAGAAACCCUUUAUGAGAAGAAAAUAUUAAUUGAGAAUGAGAAAUACCUUUAAUUGGAACAAAUUUUGAUAGAGGAAAGGUAGAAAUUUCAAACAAACAUGAAAUUGUUAGAAUAAGAUUGUUAAAAAUAAAUUAAUGAGAUUAAAAAGAAAUUUCAAUCUGAUCUAAAAUCGCUCUAGAAUGCAGCGACAUCAAGUCAUAGUGGAAACUAUAAAUUCGAAGCCGAAAACAGAUGGGAAAUAGAGUAUGAAAAAUUAUAAGAUGAACUAAUAGAAAGUACUAAAUAAAAAUUUAAAUCAAAGAUCUACGAAUUAUAGAAAGAAAUCAAAUCAAAGGAUAAGUAACUAAUGAUAUAUAAAUCUGAUAAGUUUAAUUGUAAAGAAAUAGAUGUAGUUCAAUAACAAUUGGAAUUAGAAAUAUUAAAAUAGAAGGAGUCUGAAAAAUUCAUUUAAGAAUUAUAAAACUAAAACAAAGAAUUGAUGGAGAAGAUCAAUUUGCAUGAACAAGAACUAUCUCAUUGCAAUGAUCAAAUUAAAUAAUUUCAAAAAUAUAUUGGAGGAUUACAGAAAUCAAAAUUGGUUCUAAGUUAUAAAACUUAUGAAAUGUAAACUGAAAUGGAACCUAAGGAUAAGAAGAUAAGAGAAUUGUUAGAAAGUAUACCAAGAUUAGAAGAUGAAAUUAAUGAAUUAUCAACCAAAUUGAAGUAAUAUGAAGAAAAAGAUUAGAAAACUAGUAAUCAAAUCAAAGUUUUGAAUGAAGAUAUUGAUAAAUUAAAAUAAAAUUGUAAGAAAUAUUAAGACCUAUCAAAAUAAAUAACUAUGGAUAUAUAUAAUUGCUAUCAUGAGAAGAAAGAAAAAGAAUGGGUAGAUUUUAUUAAGUCAAUGUACCAAAAAUAUCUUAGUAAAAAUGAUAGGUAUGACAAUAUAAAUCCAGAGAAUAUCACUGAAUAAGACAAAAAGGCAGAAAUAUCCGUCAAACUAUUUACUAAGGAUAUCACUUCCAUGAUUCACGAAUUUAGAGAAUCUGAUUGGCCCCAACAAUUAAAACAGUUGUAUCAAAAACAUUUCACAGGUGAAAUCACUAAUGAAUUAUGCAGACAGAAUCAAUUUUUGGUCAAAUCUACUUAAGAGAAUGAUAAAAAAUUUAAGAAAUUAUUAUUGUGGAGAGAUUAAGAAAUCUAUCUAAAAACUCAGGAAAACACGCAACUCUUAACUCAUUUGAAUUAGGUGCUAGAGAGGAAAAAGAGCUUAGAAGCAAAAUUAGCUAAGUAGAUAUCAUAAUAUGAAUCCUUACUUAAAACAUAAACUAGAGCCAAUUCUUUGAGAUAAUAUGAACAAAAGCGUAAGAGCCAUCAAUAUGAAAGAAAGAAUAGUGCAAUUUUGUAAGAUGAUUCCAAUUGGCAUCAAUUAAACCAAUCGGUUGAUUUGGUAAAUGGGUAAAUCACAAAUAAAUUCCCAAAAAAAGGUAAGUUAAUUAGGGGUUAAAAUUAUAACAAAUAAAACUUAUCUCGGUUUGAAUAACAGCGUCAAUCAGAUCUAGUCACAUAAAUAGAAAUCUUGUAAACUAAAAAUCAAUGCUUAGAGCAAUAAAUCAAAACUCUAAGGACCAAACUGAUUGAAGCUGGACUUGAUGAAGAAAUAACCCAAACAAACACCUAAAGACCUUACAGCUAGAAAGUAAAAAGAAUGUGA